AUUGUUUCAUUAUGAAACAUGCUAAAUGUUAAGAGGAAAGGUUGUGAUGUUUUACUUAAUGAUAUCAAUAGGUCUCCUUUCCAGACACUCGAUGACCUUAGAUUUAAAGAAAUUUUAGCAUUUGCUGAUGCAACUUCUAAGAUGUCAGAGGGAAAGGGAUUAAAGCGUCAUAAUACUUUUACACCAGAAACAAAACAUGCUUUAGUUAACACCCUACAAGGAUUGGUGGAAUUAAUAAAAAAACUGCUUUCAGAAGAUCACCAAUAUGUUCUUCCCGGUUUUUUUCAAACAGAUCGUCUUGAAGGUGAAUUUGGCAUCUACAGACAACUAAGUGGCUGAAAUUAUUUUAUCUCAGCAGAACAAGUAUUGAACAGUUUGCACCUUCAGCGGUUAAAAUUAUUCAGCAAAAUAGUUUCUUUGGAUGAAACUGACAUUCAUUGCUCACGCAUACAUUCAGACUGUUGCACAAUGGAUCUAUUGGAAGAGGAUAUUAUUUAUUUAGAUGAAUGUUUAAUUAAUGCAGACAAUGAAUCUAUUAAUGAUCAGGAGAAUGCUGCCCUUUUUUAUAUGGCUGGUUAUGUACAGCACAAGAUCGAUCCGCAGCGUAUAGUUGAUACAACAACAUCACAAUCAGCUAGUUCUGAAUUUACAGAUUAUGUUUCACGUGGUAAAUUGCGUUAUCCUGGUGAUACUCUUCUCCAGUUUAUUUGUGUUUGUUAUCUACUGUUUAACAGCGUUCCAAUGUCUGAAAAACGUUUUCAAUGUGUUGUUUAUUUAAAGAAAUUAUUUUUAUUCUUGCAUUCAACAUUACCAUUUGAUUUAGAAACAGACAGUAUAGGUAUUUCAAAAGUUAUAUCAAUAACAACUAACUGUUUCUUAAAAGGUGUUACGACCCUUGAUAAUACAUCUGAUAUUGUUUCAUUAAACAUUGAGGACAGAAAAAGAAAGAAACUCAAUACUUAGUGGUCUGAUUAUUUAGUUGACGUUGGUGAUAUAAUUAAUAACGUUUUGAAAUGUAUUUAUGGCUUUAUAUUUAUAUGGUUUAAAAUUUGUUUAUAAUUAUAUAUUUAUUAUUAUGAUAUGAAUAUAUAGUAUGAUAAGUAGUGAUUAAUUAGUUUAUUA